UUUAGCAAUAUCUGUCUGUACCGGCUCCUUUCAAAGCUCACGUUUAUUUGAUUUUCACAGCCGCGGCAUUGUUUAGAAAAAGAGCGAAUAGUUUUUCCGUUACAGAUUUGAUAAACAAACUUUGGGAGAGUGUUCGUGACGUUGCCAGUCCGCCAAAAAGAUCGUGCUGUUGGACAUGCUGAAAUGGAUGCAAAAGCCAGUGACCCCUUCAGCAGCGAGGCAGAACAGCUUCCUGGGCCUGGAGUAGUGGGGAGGCUGUGGCUGCCCAAAGGUCUGUCUGGUAAUGUGAUUAAGGAUUGGGUGGACCGCAGGCGGAAGUCCAUCCGUCCGUGGGCCAGUUUUGUGGACCAGCGUAAGUUCUCCAAGCCUCGUAAUUUUGGAGAGCUGUGCCAGCGCGUGGUGAGGAACCUGAACACCUAUCACAGCAACUACACCUUCAUCUUCCUGGGCCUCAUCCUCUACUGCAUUAUCAGUUCCCCUAUGCUCUUGAUUGCUUUGGGAGUGUUUGCUGGUGCCUUUUAUAUAAUUCAUUUGAAAACACUGGAGAAGAAGCUGGUUGUUUUCGGUCGUGAGUUGACUCAGGGACACCAGUUAGGUUUAGCAGGAGGGGUUUCCUUCCCCGUGUUCUGGCUGGCAGGUGCAGGAGCUGCUGUGUUCUGGGUGCUAGGUGCCACACUAGCUGUUAUCGGGUCUCAUGCGGCAUUUCGUGAGCUGGAGUCUUCUGACAUAGAUGAGCUUCUCAUGGAACCCGUUUAAACCUCUCUCACCUUUGGGCUUUUGGCUCGUGUUAACCUACAAUGUCUUGCCUCAUCUUUUAUAUUGCCACAUAUCGGUUGCACUAAGUUAAAAAGAUCAGUUUACUCAAAGAUUGGCCAGAAAUGCGGACUGUUCAACUGACAUUGCCCUAAACAGAUCAAAGCACACUGAAAGACCUCAAUUGCCUUUAAUGGUACCUAUUAGAUAUCAUGUUUGUUACAUUUAUUUAUUUCUACAGCAUUCUGAAAGCACAAACUAAAUAGACUAUGACCCAAAUGCAAAAAAAAAUCCAGUUUAUUCAAAUCUUUAAAGGUAUAGUAGGCCCAAACCUGACUAGACUGUUGUUCUUUAGAUGUUUUGGGGAGAAAAAAAACCUUAUGGUUUUUGAAUAUUGUUCAUACAGGUUUGUAAUGACAUGAAUAAAUCAAAGGAUGAACAUCAAAAUGUUAUGCUAGAUCAUCCAAAAUAGCAAGGACGAAUGUACUGUCUUGACAGUUUGUGUGAUUUAUAGGGUACCAAUCAUUACAUAAUCAUUCGUCUUUAGCUAUAUUUAGCUCAUUUUUUUGUUUCAUCGGUCUUGUUAGGACAGCUAGCGCAUGUAAAGAUUUAAUAACAGCAUGCGUCAGCAAAGAAAAAUAUACAUGUGUUAUUGCUAUUCAGUAUAAUCUGUUUCCGAUGCCAAUAUUCCUAGUGUAUUCUUUUUUCUUUUUUUUUUAUGCAAUUUUAUGCAAAUGUUUAUCGUCUUCUGUUUUACAACUUGCUUCUGUUGUAUGAAUGAGUGGUAAGUGCAAUAAAAUGCUCAGCCUGUACAACA